AUGUCUUCCACUGCUCUCCCCAAGCGCGUGGCGCUGCACCGUAACCCGACUACGGACUCUUCCGUGCCGAGCUCGGUCUCCGUCUCUCCUCUGGCGAGUCCUCGUCACUCGCCCUCGUCCACCUCGCUGUCCUCCAUGGCCUCCGAGAUGGAGAACACCAACGGCAAGAUGUUGGACACCUAUGGCAACGAGUUCAAGAUCCCCGAUUUCACCAUCAAGCAGAUUCGUGACGCCAUCCCCGCUCACUGCUUCGAACGGUCCGCCGCCACCAGUCUGUACUAUGUCUUCCGCGACGUGGCCAUGCUGGGAUCCAUCUUCUAUGUCUUCCACAACUAUGUGACCCCCGAGACUGUCCCCUCCAUGCCGCUGCGUGUGGCUCUCUGGACUCUGUACACCGUCGUGCAGGGCAUGAUUGCCACCGGCGUGUGGGUGCUGGCCCACGAGUGUGGACACCAGGCCUUCUCCCCCUCCAAGGUGCUCAACGAUACCGUCGGGUGGAUCUGCCACUCGGCUCUGCUCGUGCCCUACUUCUCCUGGAAGAUCUCCCACGGCAAGCACCACAAGGCCACCGGUAACCUGGCCCGUGACAUGGUGUUCGUGCCCAAGACCCGUGACGAGUAUGCCUCUCGUGUCGGCAAGACCCUGCACGAGUUGAACGAACUGAUGGAGGAGACCCCUCUGGCCACCGCCAGCACCCUCCUGCUGCAGCAGCUGUUUGGAUGGCCCAUGUACCUGAUCACCAACGUCACCGGUCACAACAACCACGAGCGUCAACCCGAGGGCCGUGGCAAGGGCAAGAAGAACGGCUACUUUGGCGGCGUCAACCACUUCAACCCCUCCAGCCCCCUGUACGAGGCCAAGGACGCCAAGCUGAUCGUCCUGAGUGACCUGGGUCUCGCCAUCGUUGGCAGCGUUCUCUACUACAUCGGUUCGACCUAUGGCUGGCUCAACCUGCUCGUGUGGUAUGGAAUCCCCUACCUCUGGGUGAACCACUGGCUCGUUGCCAUCACCUACCUUCAACACACCGACCCCAGUCUCCCCCACUACAAGCCCGAGGUGUGGAACUUCGCCCGUGGUGCCGCUGCCACCAUUGACCGUGACUUCGGUUUCGUCGGUCGCCACAUCUUCCACGGUAUCAUCGAGACUCACGUCCUCCACCACUAUGUCAGCAACAUCCCCUUCUAUAACGCCGACGAGGCCAGCGAUGCCAUCAAGAAGGUCAUGGGCCAGCACUACCGCACCGAGGCCCACACCGGCUGGACUGGAUUUUUCAAGGCCUUGUGGAGCAGCGCUCGCGUCUGCCAGUGGGUCGAACCCACUGAGGGUGCCAAGGGCGAGGCCGAGGGCGUGCUGUUCUACCGCAACACCAACGGUGUCGGCGUGCCUCCCGCCAAGCUUCCUGCCAACUAG